AUGCGCCCUCCCCUCAGUUACCUCCGCACAUUCCUGUGCCCUGCGCGGAUUACGCCUCGACUCCUGGCCGUUUACUGCUUCUUCUUCCUCACUGCAAUCACCUUCUUGGCCAUCAGGAUGCAUCUCAAGUCCUACGUCACAGCUGCCCUUUAUGGCAUCCCAGCCCUGGUGAAUGCUGCUCCCUCAGCAGCUUCGACCUCGCAGCCUUCAACCGCUUCCUCGUCCGGGUCAGCCUCGGGUGAUCACUUCCGUGAAUACACCAUCAAGGCAGAGAACAUCACCGCCAAGAUCAUCCCCUACGGUGCACGUCUGACCUCCCUCCUGGUCCCUGACCGUGACGGUGAUAUCCAAGAUGUUGUCGUUGGAUAUGAUGAUCCCAAGUAUUAUGUCCACGAUAGCGAGACCAAUCGCACUUUCUUCGGUGCAACUGUGGGCCGCUACGCGAACCGCAUCAAGAAUGGCACUUUCUCCAUUGAUGGUCACGACUAUCACAUCCCCGAGAAUGAGAACGGCGGGAAAGACACUCUUCACGGUGGCUUCAUCGGUUAUGAUAUGCGCAAUUGGACUGUCACCGCUCACUCCGACGCGUCUGUCACUUUCACCCUCCUGGAUCAGGGCUUCGAAAACUUCCCUGGCGAUGUCAUCUCCCACUCCACCUUCAGUGUCUCUACUGAGAAGUCCGCUGAGAACCCCAAGGGACUUCCCCAGUUGACCACGAAGCUGGUGUCACUUUCCCUGACUGAGAAGACUCCAAUCAUGCUGGCCAACCACAUCUAUUGGAGCUUGAACGCCUUCCAGAACGAUAAUGUUCUGAAGGAUACCACCUUGCAACUGCCCUUAUCCAAGCGCUUCAUCGGCGGAGACAGCAUCCUGAUCCCCACUGGCGAGAUUCUUGAUGUUGACACCGCUUUCAAGGGCGCCCUGGACUUCACCGAGCCCAAGUUGAUCGGCAAGGACAUCGAGAAGACAACUGGCCUGUGUGGAGGUGGCUGCACUGGCUAUGAUACCUGCUGGAUCACUGACCGACCGGCCGCCUAUUCCGCCUCCGACUCUGUUGUCCCGUCCGUGCGAUUGGCCUCCGACAAGACCGGUAUCAGCCUGGAAGUUGCUACCAACCAAGGUGCCAUCCAGAUUUACACCUGCAACGGCCAGAAUGGUACCAUCGCGACCAAGGAGUCGCAGGCCAAGCGUAACAAGGCCAAGAAUGGCAACUCUGGCGCCACCCAUGUCAACAAGUACGGUUGCGUUGUUAUUGAGACCGAGGACUGGAUUGACGGCAUCAACAACCCCCAAUGGGGUCGUGACCAGAUCUAUGGACCUGACGACGGCCCUGUUGUCAACUUUGCCACCUACCAGUUCGGUACUUUUUAA